UAUAUGAAAUUGAGACUCUAAAAGACCCACCAAGAAUGGAUCGAAGAAUGAAGAAGGGUGAAGAGAGGGCUUACGCUAUUGGGUAAAUUGAGCUAGGAACGAAGAUCAUAUUCUCUGUCCCGAACACCCGUAACUACCCUUGUGGAUUCCGUGCACGAAAAUGAUUUGGGGUUGAGAAUUAAAAUGGAUAAGAGGCUUCCUCAUCUCUAAUUUUGAGUGUGGAAUAACUACAUUCAAAUAAGUUAUGUUUGAUUAAGUUAGAGGGAAGAGAAAUCACAUAACCUUCACAUGCUCGUCUCACUAGCUGCAAUGUCUACGUGAUGUGGGCCAUUCUUUGUCUCCAUUUUCCCCUACAUCACAAAAUUCAGUCUUCUUCCUAUCUCUCUCUACGCUCCGUAUAAUUCCGUAAGCUUCCUCCCAUCUCCUCUCCAAUGUCUACUCAACCUUUUCUCCUACCCCACCCAGCUGGGUCCUGACCCAGUCAACCUUCCUACGUGGCACCUCCCCCCUCCUCUGUAUAUAAACCCCCUUCUCAUCACCACCCCAUCUCACUUCCACCCAUCGCCACUUCUUCUUCCUCUUCAAUUCAAUCGCUCUCUUUCUUUCUCCAAUGGCUGUCGAUUCUUCUCUCUCUUCACCUCUCGGCCCUCCCGCCUGCGAAAAGGACGCCAAGGCUCUUCAAUUCAUCGAGCAAAUGACUCGCAACGCAGACGCUGUCCAGCAGACAGUCCUCGCCGAAAUCUUGACCAGAAACGCUGCCACCGAGUACCUCCGCCGUUACUCCCUCGACGGCGCCACUGAUCCCCACACCUUCAAAGAAAAACUCCCGGUCAUCACCUACGAGGAUCUCGAGCCAGACAUCCAACGGAUUGCCAAUGGAGAUCGCUCUCCUAUCCUCUCCUCCCAUCCAAUCUCCGAGUUUCUCACCAGUUCUGGUACUUCUGCCGGUGAGAGGAAGCUUAUGCCGACGAUUAAGGAGGAGCUGGAUCGUCGUCAACUUCUGUACAGUCUACUCAUGCCAGUUAUGAACCUCUAUGUGCCUGGGCUGGAUAAAGGCAAGGGGCUUUACUUCUUGUUUGUGAAAUCGGAGACGAGGACUCCGGGUGGGCUCUUGGCCCGACCUGUUUUGACCAGUUACUACAAGAGCGACCACUUCAAGACCCGACCCUACGACCCGUUUGUUGUCUACACGAGCCCUAACGAGGCCAUCCUCUGCCCCGAUUCCUUCCAGAGCAUGUACACGCAGAUGCUCUGCGGUCUUCUUCAACGCCACCAAGUCCUCCGCCUUGGCGCCGUCUUCGCCUCCGGCCUUCUCCGAGCCAUUCGAUUCCUUCAAUUGAACUGGCAGGACCUUGCUAACGAUAUCCGGAACGGAACAUUGAAUACGAAAAUCACCGAUCCGUCGUUGAGAGAUUGCAUCGACAAGAUCCUGAAGCCGGACGCGGAAUUGGCGGAUUUCGUUUCGGAUGAAUGUUCGAAGGAGGAUUGGGAGGGAAUCGUGACGAGGAUUUGGCCGAAGACGAAAUACCUCGACGUGAUCGUCACUGGAGCGAUGGCGCAGUACAUUCCAACGCUUGAUUACUACAGCGGCGGAUUGCCUCUGGCUUGCACGAUGUACGCAUCUUCCGAAUGUUAUUUCGGACUGAAUCUGAACCCUAUGUGCAAGCCAUCGGAGGUUUCCUACACUAUAAUGCCAAACAUGGCGUACUUCGAGUUUCUCCCUCACGAGCCAAACACCGAAAGCGAUUCGCCGCCGAAACUCGUCGACCUGGUAGACGUGGAGGUCGGAAAAGAAUACGAACUAGUAAUCACAACAUACGCCGGACUUUACCGGUACCGAGUAGGCGACAUACUCCGAGUUACCGGAUUCCACAACGCAGCGCCGCAGUUCCACUUCGUGAGGAGGAAGAACGUGGUCCUGAGCAUCGACUCAGACAAAACGGACGAAGCGGAGUUGCAGAAGGCAGUGGAGAAUGCAUCAAAGCUUCUGAAGGAAUGGAAGGCGAGCGUGGUUGAGUACACGAGUUACGCAGAGACGAAGACGAUUCCAGGGCACUACGUGAUAUACUGGGAACUGAUGGUGAAGGAAGCGGAAGGGAAAUGGCCGAGCAAGGAGGUAAUGGAGGAGUGCUGCUUGGCAAUGGAGGAAUCACUGAACUCGGUGUACCGACAAGGACGAGUUGCAGACCAUUCGAUCGGAGCUUUAGAAAUCAGAGUGGUGAAGAACGGAACAUUCGAAGAACUGAUGGAUUACGCAAUUUCCAGAGGAGCCUCUAUCAACCAGUAUAAGGUGCCGAGGUGUGUGAACUUUACUCCCAUUAUGGAACUUCUCGAUUCUAGACUAGUGUCCGCACACUUCAGCCCUGCCCUGCCACGUUGGACUCCAGCUAGGACACGCUAAUUUCUUUUUCUUUUUUUUAUUUUUUUUAUAAAUUUUUAUUUUUCUUAAAUUUAGGGAAAGAAAAUGAAAAAUGUAGGAUGUGUCAGGGGCAGUCUUUAUUGUACUUGGUUCUCAUAAUUAAAUUAAUGGAAAAUCACAUUUAUUUAC